GCAUAUCUUAGGAGAACAAUAGGUACUGAAGGAACGUUACCCCCAGCUUAACUGAAAGGACCCAGACGUCUUCUAUCCCACAUCCUUCGUCCUUGCAAUUGAGGCCUUGAGUGGACAUCCUACAAGAAGGCACUCUCUAAAACACUUCCUUAAAAGGCGUGGAGAAACUCUCCUGGAAAUUAGAGAGUCCACGUUUCCUUAUAAGGCCUGGACAGACAUUCCGGGAAUCGAAUUGAAAAGAUGUCGGACUCGCCGCUUCCCGGACAGGUGGAGGAAAAGGAGAUGCAGGAGAUGGAAAAAGGGGCGACCGACGGACCAAUCAGCGCGCCGUCCCAGUCUGACGUCAUCAGCACCCACAACAUACUCGCUUCAAUGCCCAGUAAGACGAGCCAGUGGUCCAUGUCGAUGCACAGACGGGGGCGGUCGGCCCGACACCGGUCCGCGCGGUCGGCGCGAGGCACGCGACCGGCGCUACUCGACGUUGAGGGACAGGGACAAGAUGACGAGGCUGAUCUUCUUGCUGAGGAGAUCGCUGAGGGGAAGAUGGCCGUCAGGGACCUGGCCAAACCUAUGGAUGCCAAGAGAGAGAUGCUGAGAAGACUCCAAGGAAAACGCUUGAAAGGUUUUGGAUGGAAAGUGUCAGCACAAAGGAGAUGGAAGAAGAGCAAAGAGAACAUGCACGAUUUUUUUGCCAAGCUGGAAGUAUGGAGGAGUCCCAUGCAUUCUAUAGAGGGAAAGUUUGGGACGGGGAUCCUGUCAUAUUUCCAGUUCAUGCGCUGGCUGCUGUUCCUGAACCUGGUCAUCUUCCUGCUGAUGUUCCUCUUCAUCCUCCUUCCGUCUCUCAUCUUCACCAGACAGGAGGCACUGGUGACGUCACAAGCAAACUCUACAAACACAACACAAGCAAACUGUGAGAGUAAAUACGUGCCUUACAACGAAAGCUUGUACCAACCGCCAGAGAAUCACAUCAGCGACUACAUUGUUGAUGCCCUGCAGGGAAAGGGCAUCAUGGAGCACACCCACCUGUUCUACGGUUACUACGAGAACACCAUCCAGCGUAUCCAGGAGACAGACGACUUCACGUUCACGUACAACCUUCCGCUGGCGUACCUGCUUACAUCGCUCUCUUACUUCCUCAUCAGCCUGGUGCUUAUGGUCAGGAAUUCCGCCCAGGGUCUCCAGGAGUCUCUGGUGAGCAGUGAGGACAAGUUCUACACCUACUGCAACAAAGUGUUCGCCGGGUGGGACUUCUGCAUCAACGAUGGGCGAGCGGCGGACCUCAAACACGGGCAGAUCAGAUACGAACUCAAGACUGACCUAGAGGAACAGCGGAUCCUGCAGAAGCAGGCCAAGAGGACGGGCGGAGAGAAGUGCCGCCUCUACAGCGUCCGGUUUAUCGUCAACGUCUUUGUGUUGGCCAUCCUCGGAGCUGGCGGGUUCCUUAUCUACUACGCCAGUACCUUUGCUCUGCAGUGGACGUCCCAGUUUGGCACAGACCCAAACACAGACUCCUUCCUGAAGCUGCUGGUGACCUACACGCCCUCCCUCACCAUCACCGGCCUCAACAUGAUCGUACCCAUCAUCUUCGACAAGCUGGUCGGAUUCGAGGACUACUCGCCGGAGUUUGAAAUACAGAUGACUCUACUCAGAACGGUGUUCCUGCGGUUGGCCUCCGUAGCUACCCUGCUGGGAACCCUGUACACACAGAUCGCCUGUUCAACAUACGCAGACCCUGAGUGCCAGGUCUGCGAUGUGGAAAUCAGGUGUUGGGAGACGUACGUUGGACAGGAGAUGUACAAGCUUGUCAUCAUGGACUUCCUGGUGGGCACAGCCGUCACAUUGUUCGUGGAGUUCCCCAGAAAGUUCAUUGUGUCACGGUUUAAGGACAAGCUAGAGGAUGUGGUGGGGUAUCAGGAGUUCCAGAUCCCGAAGAAUGUGUUGGACAUCGUCUACUCGCAGACGUUGUGCUGGAUUGGAACAUUCUUUGCCCCCAUGCUGCCUGCCAUUUGCGUCAUCAAGACCUUCAUCUUCUUCUACCUGAAAAAGCUCAGCCUCAUGCACAACUGUGUCCCGUCGACUAAGCCUUUCCGGGCGUCUAAGUCUCGCACGUUCUUCAUGGUCAUCCUCCUGGUGUCCUUCCUGCUGUGCAUCAUCCCUGUUGGCAUCGGCAUUGUACAGAUCUACCCCUCCCGAGCCUGUGGACCGUUCCGUUCCCUGAACACGAUGUUUGAGAUCGUGACACAGACUAUUAUGGGAUGGCCGAAGAUUGUGCGCGAUAUCUUCUUCUUCAUAGGGUCAGCGGGCUUCCUGGUCCCAGCUGUGCUCAUUCUGUGUUUGCUGCUGUAUUACUUCCGUGCUCUCUCUGUGGCACACAAAAAGAUGGUUGCUGUGCUAAAGGACCAACUCAUCUUGGAAGGGAAAGACAAGCACUUCCUCCUACAGCGAGUGUACGAGCUCCAGGGAACAACAGACCCCACGCGGGCGAAACAGAAGAAGGCUCAGGCUGACAGAAAAGCUGCCGCCGCCGCAAAAACAACGCCAAAUGGCCACAACAACGAAAGCCCGCCGCCCAGGGUGCCCAGUAGCGCCUGGGACAACAACACAUCACACCCGAACUCUGUCAACGAUGGAUGGUGA